UAAGGGCUAGGCAAGGGGGGGUUAAGAGACUUUCCCAGUGUGAAAAGGGAAUUACUGUCCCUUUGUUUUCUUUGAUAUAAUCAAUCAGGGACCUUUAAUGUAUUCAGUCAAGAACUUGAAGAUCCUUUACCAUUGAUGUGCAAGUACAGACACACCCUCAUAGAGAGGAAAUCCACCCCCCUGGGGGGGGGGGGCAGGCAAAUUAAGGAACUAUGAUUGGUCCCCAAGAUGUGAUGGGGGAGAACUAGUGGAUGGAGAAAAUGGCUUAUAAAGGCAUGACCAGAGGUCUAAAGACACAUUCUUCCAUUGGUGACAUGCUUGCUGGAGAAGCUUGCUCUGGGGACUCUUGCUGAAGAGACUUUUGUGGACUUCUAGCUGGAGAUUGGAACUCUUGUCUGUGUCACCACAUUAUAUAUUAUAUAAUGCUGGAUUGUAUGAGAAUAGCAAUUAGGGUAUUUAGCUAGUGUAAUUUUUAGAUUUUUUCCAUUUUUGCUUAGUCUAGCCCCUAGACUAAGUAUAUACCCACACUAUAUACUAACUAGUAUAUACCCACACUAAACUGGCAUGUGCUAGCAAGUAACAAAUCAGAAACAACUGACUGUCCCCUGGGCUGUCCUAAGCCAAGCUUGAGCCACCAUUGGCACAUGUGAGAUGCAGGAAGUGAUGUAGAGAACUGCCUUUGGAAUUCUUGUCACUUCCUGUGAGGAGGCCUGGGCACCAGUUGACCCUGAAACUGGAGCCUGGAAGAGCUCACUCAGACAGCUUCCUUGAGACGGUCACGUGAGACCUCAGCAGCUCCUAUGGAUUUGAUGAUCACCUCUAUGCAGAUACUUGUGCAUGAAGGAGAUUUAAGGGGAAAAGUCGAUGCACAGAGACAGUCCCACUCUCUCAGCGUUGGAAGCCUGGAUCCAGUGGCACGAAAAAUUGUUACAUCUGGAGACUUCCUCAGCUGCAUUGGAUGGCCGUGCUGUCUUUUGUGCUCCAACACGCCCUAAGCACUCCACAGUGCUUCGCCGUUGAACCUUCUUAUUGGUUUCUUCCACCUGUUCCGCCGAAGCAGUCUUCACAUGCUGGGUGAACAAAGCCUUGGUUCACCAGGGGUCGAUGACCCGAUGGCUACUCUCACAAGAUUUAGCCGGCCUGUCAAAGCCUUUGCCCAGGGUGUGGCUGCUGCCGCAUGCUAGCAGCUACUGGGAACCACAAGUGAGAGACUCAUCCUGGAAGCUCUCUUCACAGAUGACUGUGCUCUCAUGGCCCACCAAGAAAAUCAUCUCCAAACCAUUGUGGACAGAUUCUCCACUGCAAUAAAACUGUUUGGCCUGACUAUCAGCCUCAGCAAAACAGAGGUGCUGUUCCAACCUGCACCAAGGAGGCCAACUAACCAGCCGUGCAUUACAAUCAAUGGCACGCAGCUUUCUAACGUCAACACUUUCAAGUUCCUGGGCAGCACCAUCUCCAACGACGGGUCCCUAGACCACGAGAUUAAUGCCAGGAUCCAAAAGGCCAGCCAGGCACUUGGGCGGCUGCGCUGCAAAGUCCUCCAACACAGGGGUGUAAGCACUGCGACGAAGCUCAAAGUGUACAACGCAGUGGUCCUCAGCUCGCUCCUGUACGGUUGUGAGACAUGGACACUGUACCGGAAGCACAUGAAGCAGUUGGAGCAAUUCCACCAACGCUCUCUCUGGUCAAUCAUGAGGAUCCAAUGGCAGGACCGAAUCACCACCCAGGAAGUCCUCGACAGAGCCAACUCCACCAGCAUCGAAGUCCUGGUCCUCCAAACCCAGCUACGAUGGUCUGGACAAGCAUGGACCCACAGCGAAUACCAAGACAGGUAUUCUAUGGUGAACUGUCAGCUGAACUCAGGAAACAAGGCCGACCAAAGAAAAGAUUCAAGGAUCAGCUAAAGUCAAACUUGAAGUGGGCUGGCAUUACACCAAAGCAACUAGAACUCACUGCCUCUGACAGAAGCAGCUGGCGAGCCCACAUUCACCAUGCUGCCACCACCUUUGAAGAUGAGCGACGAGGUCUUGCCGCUGCGUGUGAACGCCGACACCAGGCCACAACUGCACCUCCCAUAACAACUGGCGUCCCAUGCCCCAUGUGCCACAAACUGUGCGCCUCAGUCUUUGGACUUCAAAGCCACAUGAGGGUACACCGUAGAUGAAACUGCACAAAGACAAUUGUCAUUCUCGGGUCACGGAGAGACUACUACUACUAUUCUAUGCAGAUAAAUCCCAAAUCCAUAUUCAAUUCUAAUCUCACUUAAGCAUCUGCUAAACAUUUCAAACUAAAUAUCUGAAAGACAUGUCAGACUCGGUAGGUCAAAAACAGAAUUCAUUGCCUUCUCCCCCUAAACCUUCCCCUCUUCCAAAGUUCUCUGUUAUUGUCAGUAUCACCAAUUAUUCAAUUGUCAGUCCUGGUGUCCUCCUGAACUCCCUUGUUUCCCAUUACCCCAUAUAACCAAUUGUUUGCCAAAUCCUGACAUUUCUAUCUAUCCAACACCUCUCACGUCUUUCCCCUUAUCUCCUUCAUACAGGGACCUUCAGCACUUCACAACAUCAGUCUGGUUUUCUCCCUCCCUCCAACUUCUUUCCACUCCAUCCUCCCAUACAUUAAACAAAAUAAAGUUCAGAUCUACCCAUGUCACCCCUCCUUAUUCUAUUCACUGAAAUGGCUCCCUAUUGCCCCAGGAAUAAAUAUAGUUUACAACCA